AUGGCAUCCGACGAUGGGCCAAAUGAUACCCCCACUCCACCAUCAGGUGGUCGGCCAGCAAAGGUUCCCUCCGAAAAGGAGCUCGCUCGCAAGAUCCGAAAACGCGAUCUUGACCGCCGAGCCCAAAGGCAGGCCCGUGAACGGACACGCAACCGCAUCGCCGAGCUCGAGUCUCAAAUCAAGGAACUCAGGAAGGAUGAUUCGACGAGGUUAUCCGCCUGCAUGGAGCAGCUCGCCACUAUCACCCACGAGCGAGACAGCCUGGUCGACACAGUCAAGUCCAUUGAGCAAAUGAUCCGCAGGCAUGUGCUGCCGAGUCGCCAGGCCCCAGCAGCGACGCCACUCUCUCCGGCCGGACAGUCAGGACCCCUGCCCAACCCUCCGGAUGCCAUAACGACAAGGCCGUCGUCGCACUCGUACUCGGCACCAAUCAGCCUCCUGCCCGGAACUCCCUCUGGCACGAACCCCCACGCGCUCUGUGGCAGCGGUUUUGGCAACGAACUCGGGGUUGUCGGCACAGCAACGAAUGAGUUCUCGGCGUCCAGUUGUCACGCCUCCACCUCCACGUCAGACAAUCAAGACUUUAUCGAAGAGCUUGAGGAGGACGACAAAGACGAAGACGACGACGACGCUAGUGUUAUCGUACCACCGCCCACAGCACCAUGCGACUGUGCCGUGGCCCCGACGCGGCUUGGGCCGGCUCCACAUAAGUUCAAUCUUUGGCGGGCUAUCAACCAGGCCUUGACCAAAAGGUGCCAUGUCUCGGAGGCCGCGCAAGUGGCCGAAGAUGCUGAUGAUGAGGAUGUGCCUGUCCGCGCGUUGAUUGAGGGGUGGGAUGCUGUUGCCAAGUCAAGGCCUUUGUCUAAGCUGUGGGAGAAGCUGCGCGCGGUUGAUGAGGUGCUCUUUCUCAACUGUUCCCUGUCAGACCGACUAGCAAUUCUUUGGAUGAUGUAUAUGCAGUUAAAAUGUCAUUCCGAUCCCACGCCGGAGCGGCCAUCGCAAACACUGCCUCACUCUUACGCCAUCGACUUCUUCGUUUGGCCAGGUCUCCGAGAGCGUUUCGUGUUUGGACAACAUGCUUAUUGUAACAACCAGUUCUGGCAGCUCUUUGCUUCAAACAUACACGUCCUGUGGCCCUUCGAGUUCCGCGACGCGUACAAGAAGUGCGUGGUCACGGGGCAGUACCAAUUAUCGCCCAUGUUCGAGCAGAAGAUUAGGGACCUUAACAUCUGGACCGUGGGGCAUGACCUUUUCGCGCGCUUUCCCGAACUCAUUGCCGACAUACCAGUGACCCAGUCCAUUGGUCAAUCUUUGACGCCAGUUGCUACAUCACUCGUGCUGCAGCAGGCCUCUCUAUCUCAAUUAAAGGAGCACGAAGAACGGCUGCUCCUAGAGCAUGCUGCCGAGGAGAGAUCAACGCAAGACGUCAUAGACUGCACGCAGGCCAUGCAGGUGUUUCCUCCAGACCUCUACAGAAUGGCGCCUCCAGUUUUCAUGGCCGAGUAUACGCCUCAGGGCUUCGGUACGAAUGGCGUCUCACACGAUUCAACGCCGGAGUAUUUUUAAAUUCACAAGCGAAAUUUUGAUAAUAAAGACCCAAAUCCAAUUUUUUGACGAAACGCUAAUCAGCUCAAGGUGGCAUUGAAGAACAAUGGGCCUACGAGUGGCGACUCACACGAGCAAUUAAGGAAGCUAGCAGUAAGAAAAUCUAGUUUAUUGACAAAAGUACCAGUCGUAAUAAGCUUUAGAGUGAUGGCAGCAGCAUCUCCUUUCACAACCUUCGGCAGUCUAGUCGGCAGAUCAAUCGGAAAACAGGCUUUAAGAUUGUUCAGGGGCGUAUGUAAUUCGACUAUAUCCACCCAAUCGAUAUUCUCCCAAUCGAAGCGAACACCUUCGUUAGGACAAAUGUAUUAUCUCAGCAAGCCACCGCACUCAUGAUCACAUAAUCUUUUGGGGUUGACUCUGAUUCGGUUCACCCCUCAAGCGAUGCAAAAGCUGGACGAGAAAUGUGGUAAACAGGUUACCUCUUGUGUGC